UCUUGACCUUUAAACGGAAACAAGUCAAACCAGUUUUCGGUAAUUAUUCCACCAAGAAAUGAAUCCACCAACAGAUAGUGAGCACUAAAAUACCCUAAGUACUGUAUUCUGUUACCUUUUCACUUUGAAGACGCUUUUAACCGUAAUUCCUAGUAAAUCUUUUUUUAAAAUAUAUCAAGGCAAAUCCCAUUAGGCCGAUUUUUAUAUUUAAUCACGUUGGAAUAAUAGGCAAGGUAAAAGCAGACUAAUGGUAAUAUAGAUCUACGUUUUUAUAAAGAAAAAUGUUGAGCUCCUUUGAAGGAAAUAUUCAAACAAUAAAAUCAAAAAUAAUCCGAGAACAAUCAGUUUCCUCUAAGGAUAGACUUAGUUAAUUCUGCUAAUACUGGGAGUAAUAACUUCGGAUAAUUGCCCCAAUUUUUAGUCUGCAUUUUAGUCUUUAAUUCCGCAUUUGAAUCUUUUUGAUUGAGCUAGCUUCCUUGAGGAAAAAUAUUGGAAUGGAAAAUUAGGUGUUUAAUUGCCGCACAAACUUACCAUUGACGCAAAACUAAAUGGUUAGAUUGCUUAACUUCAAAAAGCACGGCCUUCGCCUACCUUUGUUUUGACAUUUACUGAUUUUUUUAAACAAACUUUUAUUAUUUAUCUGCGUUGUUAUUGCCUACACGUCCGUUCACUCUUUUUAAUGGAUUGAACAAUUCCUGCAAAAAGAGGCGAAUCUCGCAGCUAAUGCUUUUUACUUGUCUUUUAUUGACUGGAUGGCGCCUCCGGUCUUGGACAUAGCGAUAGUUGGAGCACCCCGCUGUGGAAAGUCAAGUAUUAUCAGAGCAUUUGAUGAGCCCAGCUUCAAUCGCCCAAUUGAGAGAAACGCGUUGCGAACAUGGUACGUCUCCAACGUGCUGUUCAAAUGCCAACUGUACGAACUGCGAGUAUUCGAGCCCAACUCAGCCCAGGAUGACUUGAGUGCUUCUGACCUGUACAAGUGGGCCUCCAGGGUCAUCGCCAGGACACACGUGAACACAAAGUCCUUCAUGCUCGUCUACGAUGCAUCCAAACCAGUCACAUUUCUAUAUAUUCAGUUUUUUCGAUCGGUGCUUCUCGAAAUUGCAAGGACUAACAGUUUUGAGCUCUUCAUCUUCAUAGUCGGCAACAAAGCCGAUCUCCUCCCACCAAGCUCGAGGACGAGCUCUGACAAAGUAGUCCCGAAGUUCCACUCACACGACGGGGUGUUGCGAUCAAUUAAAUCAUAUGGAAACAAAUUUACAAAACAUGAUCAAAUUCUUACCUCAGCUAGAUGUAAUUGGAAAAUUACUGCGCUAUUUGAAAAAGCAGUCACACAAGCUGUUGUGCUGACCAAUGCUAGCAACGUCCCAAGGACUUUGUCAGAAGUAAGAGUGCGGCUCCAAAGAGGCAUAUUUAGAACAUCGUCGGCACGAAACUCCAAGUAUAGCCAGGACUCGACUACGAACUGUAAUGAACAAGCAGAUACGAAAGAAAAACGAAUGAAAAAGUAUAGCGAACCAAUAGUGACAAGGAAAUAUGCGCAACACAUGCUGAGUUACAGCCCAGAAACCCGACAUCUGAAGACCAGUGUCAGCUCGGCCACAGAAAUGAGGCGGAAGCUUUCAUCUAAUCUGUGAAGAUGGCUUUAGAUCUACUACAAAAAAAACUUUCUUGUUGAGGUGUAUAAAAUAA